AAAAAUUGAAAAAAACGUUUUUUUCAAUAACUUUACAAUUUCAUUAAUUCAUCAUCAUUAAUUUCAAGACUUUGAAUCAUCGUCAUCCGAAAGAGAUAACGAAACACAAUUUAUUAUCCAUCAUCACAUGAUCUUUAAUUUUUCAUAUCAUAAUUAUUGAAAAAAGACAACAACAACAAUAUAGCUAAAAAAGGCUCUUGUACAUAUUUUGUAUUAUAUUAUAUUGAAUAUUAAUAAUAAUAGUUAAUACUGUAAUACAUUAAUUCCGAUCAUCAUCAUCCUAUAAUUUAUUUAAAUAUAAUUUAAUAUAUAAUUUAAUAUUUAAUACUCAUAAUAAUACUAUUUAAUAAUUGUAAAUACAAAAAUGUCAACAACAACAACAACAUUGGAAAUUGCUGAUGGUGAAUGGUUAUACAAAAUUCCAUUCCAGGAACUCCCACUCGAUAAUCAAGUAAAUGUUCUGUGGUAUUGUUGUGAGAAUACAUUGAUGAAUGUUGCUUGUUUGAAUCGAUUUUAUUAUCAUUUGGUUUUGGGAGGUUGUUUGAAUUCUUCCAAUUAUCGUGAUGAUGAAGAGGAUGAUGUUGCUGCGUAUAGAAAUACUAUUUGGAAACAUAGAUUGUUGGGUAUGAUGAAUGGAUUUAUUGAUGAAGUGAAUUCAAAGAUUAUUAGUAGUGGUUUGGAUGUUUCGUUGGUCAAUUCAAUGAAUGAGAAGGAAUUGGAUCGAUAUUUGAGGGAAAUGCUCUUUUUGAGAGAGGGAAAUGCAAUCAAGUAUAGUUCAGUGUUGAUGCAAAUGAAAAAGUUGUGUUUUGACAAGGCAUCUGAUGUUGAGGAACAAAAGGUCAUUAAUAGAGAGAGAACUGUUGGAAAUAUUAACGUUACAACUUGGUAUGCAUUUAAAGCAUCCAAAUAUCCAAUGAUUAAGGAUUUAUCAGAACUAUCUCCUCAAUUUUACUUUGGAUUUAAAGGAUAUGAGAUGGUUAUUGAAGAAUAUUUCUUGUGUGGCAAUGCAUGGAAUGUUGCAUUUGGUAUUGGAACUGAUUAUGAAGAUUUCAAUAAUGACAAAUCCAUAGCUCAAUUCGUUGAAAGAAACUCUGGAGUUGGUUACAUUCUCGAAAACAAAUCAUUCAAAAUGUUUGGCGACUUUAUUGAUGGAACUGUAGGUUCUGAAUUUGUUGGAAAGAUCUCUGUUGGUGAUCGAUUUGCUGUCAUUAUAGAUUACGAUGCCAAACAGGUCAACUUUUUCAAGAAUGGAAUUCACAUUGCAUCAGCAAUUACUGGAACUCAGGAUUUAGUCUCACAAUCUGUCAUGUAUUUCCCAAUUAUUUCAAUGUGUACCAGAAAGACAAUUACACUGUAUCCACUCUUACAAACAGAUUAUCAAUUGAAUCCAGAUGCUCCUAUUCGAAUGGCAUCACCUGCAAAACAUCAAUACAACUAAAUACAAAUUACUAAACUGAACAUUCAAUAUUUCACUAAUUUACACAAUUUAAAUAAUAUUAAGCAAUAUAUUUAAAAUUUUAUU